AUGGGUGUGAUGAACAUGACUAUGUAUAACCUGAUAAUUGAGAGGCUGAGACCCCUUGUGGGUUUGAAAGGCUGGGAUUAUUGUGUCCUGUGGAAGUUGAGUGAAGACCAAAGGUUCAUUGAGUGGAUUGGUUGUUGCUGUUCUGGGAUUGAUGAGGACAGCCAGAAUGGUGGACAAGAACUUCUGUUUCCAGUUUAUCAAGUCUUUCGGUGCAGGGAUACAAUGCAACACUCAAGAACUAGUUCUUGUGAUAUCCUUGCUAGUCUUCCUUCUUCAAUGCCCUUAGACUCUGGGAUUUAUGCAAAAACCAUAAUGUCAAACCAGCCCUGUUGGUUGAACUGCUCCUCCAGUAACAGUGAUUCAAGUGCUAUGCUAGAAAGAGAUGGGACACGAGUUUUGGUUCCAACUGCAGGAGGGUUAAUGAUUGAGCUGUUUGUCUCCAAAGAUGUCUUCGAGGACCAGCAUGUCAUUGAUUUCAUCACAGCACAAUGCAACAUUUGGCGCGAGCAAGACACCCUGAUCAGUGCAAGCAACACAUGUAGUACAAACACCCCUGUACUUUCUCCAUCAAUGGCAUCAUUGGAUCCUCAUGAUGUGAAUUUGCCAUACGAUAUCACAGUUGAUCGAAUCCACCUAUGCUCUUCUGAGUCUUCUUCUCCAUUGAACUUCCUGCAACAUGUCACCAGUUACAACUCUGAGAACAGAAUGAAGAAUAGUCCUAGUGCAUGUACCUAUAAUCAGGGUAAUUCACAUGAGUACUCUUUGGAUCAGCCAUUAGAAAACAUGGAGCAACAAGGUACUCUGGAUGAUCAGGAUUCGAUAAAACAAGCAGACCAUUCAGCUUCUGAUUGCAGUGAUCAAACUGAUGAGAACACAAAUUAUAAAAGAAGAAAUGGAAAAGAGCCUCAAUCCAAAAACCUUGUUGCUGAGAGGAAGAGAAGGAAGAAGCUUAACGAAAAACUCUAUAAACUUCGCUCUUUGGUUCCCAACAUUUCCAAGAUGGACAAGGCUUCGAUUCUCAAGGAUGCGAUUGAUUAUGUUAAGGACUUGCAGAGACAAGUGAAAGAACUCCAAGAUGUGCUUGAAGAUAAUUCAAAUGGAGGAGGAGCUAAGAGAACUUUCAAUAGUAUCUCCGGAAAUUACAACAAUUACCAGUCAGAGAAUCAGCAUGGAAUUUCUAUGGCAAAUAAAACAGAAAGUGACAAGCCUCAAAAUGGGUUUCAUGAUUCGGAUCAUAAUACUAAUGAGAUGGGACAACAGCAGAUGGAGCCACAAGUAGGAGUAACUCAGUUAGACGGCAACGAGUUCUUUGUGACAGUAUUCUGUGAGCAGAAGCCAGAAGGGUUUGUGAGAUUGAUGGAGGCAUUGGAUAGUUUAGGAUUGGAAGUGACUAAUGCAAAUGUGACUAGCUUCAGGAGCCUCGUCUCUAAUGUGUUUAAAGUAGAGAAAAGGGACAGUGAAAUACUGCAAGCUGAUGAAGUGAGGGACUCUUUGCUGGAGAUAACACGGAAUCCAUCGAAAGGGUACUGGCCUGAGAUGGCAAAAGCUAAAGCAUCUGGGAAUGACCGUUCUUUGGACUAUGAUCAUGAUAAUAAGCAUCACUACCACCAUCACCUCCACAACUACCACAAUUCUACAUGUCAUCUUCAACAUCUUUAUGAUUAA